UUCCUGAUGAUUUCAGAUUGUUUACAAAAAAGGACACGCUGAGCAGAAAUCGAAAUACACUUCUGUGCCUGACCCACUUGAUGUGGAGCUUGCCAAGAAAGUUACUCGACAGCUCAGUGAUCACAACUAUCACGAAGACUAUAAAAAGAAGAAGGGCAAAUGGAGCCAAACACCAUGCUAUGAUGUUGCAGUUGCCAAAAUGAACUCUGACAACUUGAGCACAAGAAAAUAUCAGGAAGACUGGGAAUCUAAGAAAGACCAAAUCUACUUCAUGCAGACAGAAACACCAGAGUAUGCAGUUAAUAAGCAUGCUGGAGUUGCUGCCAGUAAGGUGAAAUACAAGGAAGAUUAUGAAAAAGCCAAAGGUUCAGCAGAUUAUAAUGUACUUCCAGCAACUGAGAAUCCAAUGCUCAGGCAUCUAAAAGCUGUUGCAAAUAAUGUAAAUGAUAGAUUAUAUAAGGAAGCCUACGAGAAAGCCAAAGCGAAAAGUAUAAACUACUGUGAGACUCCAAAGUACAAAAUCGACAAUGUCCUGAAAGACUUUAGUGAUGUCAAAUACAAAGAGCCUUACAUAGCCAACGUCUUGGGCCGGUACAUAGGCACCCAUGAGGACCCCUAUCAGAUACAUUGCAUGAAGGUUGGCGCUAUGACGAGCGACAAAAACUACAAAGCCGACUACGAAGAGGAAAAGGCUAACUGCUACUUCCCCCAGACUUUGACUCCAGAAUAUGAAGUCCAGAAGAAGCUGGACAAGUGCAAAGACGUUGUCUAUAAGAAACCUCCAGAUCAGAUUAAGUUCACUCAGGCGGCGGAUUCCCCUGUUUUGGUACAAGCACAGAUUAAUACCAAACAGUUAAGCGAUAUGAAUUACAAAGCCAAACAUGAGGCAGAAAAAUCCAGAUGUUCCAUACCUCCAGAUACUCCAUUGCUUCUCCAAUCCAGAGUCAAUGCUUAUAAUAUCAGUGAUAACUGGUACAAGUAUGACUGGGAUCAAUCCAAAGCAAAGAAGUUUGAUAUCAAAGUGGAUGCCAUCCCAAUUCUGGCUGCCAAAGCGAAACAAAAAAUUGCGAGUGAUGUUGAGUACAAGAAGGGCUAUGAAAUGAGCAAAGGGAGGCUUGUUGGAGCCUUGAGCGUUAAGGAUGAUCCUAGGAUCAUGCACUCACUGAAAGUAGGCAAGCUGCAAAAUGAUAGAUUAUAUAAGGAAGCAUAUGAAAAAGCGAAAGGAGUAAGCAUUAACUAUUGUGAGACUCCACAGUACCAGGUCGACAACACUCUUAAGAACUUCAGUGGGCUGAAAUACAAAGAGCCUUACAUAACCAAUGUCUUGGGCCGGUACAUAGGCACCUUUGAGGACCCCUAUGAAGCCCAUUGCAGGAAAGUUGGAGCCAUGAAGAGCGAUAAAAACUAUAAAGCAGAUUAUGAAGACGAAAAGGCUAAAUGCUAUUUCCCUCAAACCAUAACUCAAGAAUAUGAAGCCAUAAAGAAGCUGGACGUGUGCAAAGAUUCUGCCUACAAAAAGCAUCCUGACCAGAUCAAGUUUACUUCAGUGCCGGAUUCUCUGGUUUUGCGACAAGCACAGAUUAAUACCAAGCAGCUGAGUGACAUGAAUUACAAAGCCAAACAUGAGGCUGAAAAGUUCAGAUGUUCCAUACCUGCAGAUGCUCCUUUGUUUCUUCAGUCCAGAGUCAAUGCUUACAACAUCAGUGAUAAUUGGUACAAGUAUGACUGGGAUCAAUCGAAAGCAAAGAAGUUUGAUAUCAAAAUGGAUGCUAUCCCGAUUCUGGCUGCUAAAGCAAAACAAAAAAUUGCGAGCGAUGUUGAGUACAAGAAAGACUACGAAAAGGGCAAGGGGAAGCUUAUUGGAGCCUUGAGCGUCCAGGAUGAUCCCAAGAUCUUACAUUCUCUGAAAGUGGGCAAACUGCAAAAUGACAGACUAUAUAAGGAACUGUACGAAAAAGCGAAAGGAGUAAGCAUUAACUAUUGUGAGACUCCACAGUACCAGGUCGACAACACUCUUAAGAACUUCAGUGGGGUGAAAUACAAAGAGCCUUACAUAGCCAAUGUCUUGGGCCGGUACAUAGGCACUUUUGAGGAUCCCUAUGAAGCCCAUUGCAUGAAAGUUGGAGCCAUGAAAAGCGACAAAAACUAUAAAGCAGACUAUGAAGACGAAAAGGCUAAAUGCUAUUUCCCUCAAACCAUAACUCAAGAAUAUGAAGCCAUGAAGAAGCUGGACUUGUGCAAAGAUUCUGCCUACAAAAAGCAUCCUGACCAGAUCAAGUUUACUUCAGUGCCGGAUUCUCUGGUUUUGCGACAAGCACAGAUUAAUACCAAGCAGCUGAGUGAUAUGAAUUACAAAGCUAAACAUGAGGCUGAAAAAUUCAAAUGUUCUAUACCUCCAGAUGCUCCUUUAUUUCUCCAGUCCAGGGUCAAUGCUUAUAAUAUCAGUGAUAAUUGGUACAAGUAUGAUUGGGAUCAAUCGAAAGCAAAGAAGUUUGAUAUCAAAAUGGAUGCUAUCCCGAUUCUGGCUGCUAAAGCAAAACAAAAAAUUGCGAGCGAUGUUGAGUACAAGAAAGGCUACGAAAAGGGCAAAGGGAGGCUUAUUGGAGCGUUGAGCGUCCAGGAUGAUCCCAAAAUGUUACAUUCUCUGAAAGUGGGCAAACUGCAAAAUGAUAGAUUAUAUAAGGAAGCAUAUGAAAAAGCAAAAGGAGUAAGCAUUAACUAUUGUGAGACUCCACAGUACCAGGUCGACAACACUCUUAAGAACUUCAGUGGGCUGAAAUACAAAGAGCCUUACAUAGCCAAUGUCUUGGGCCGGUACAUAGGCACCUUUGAGGACCCCUAUGAAGCCCAUUGCAGGAAAGUUGGAGCCAUGAAGAGCGACAAAAACUAUAAAGCAGACUAUGAAGACGAAAAAGCUAAAUGCUAUUUCCCUCAAACCAUAACUCAAGAAUAUGAAGCCAUAAAGAAGCUGGACGUGUGCAAAGAUCAUGCAUACAAGAAACAUCCUGACCAGAUCAAGUUUACCCCUGUGACAGACUCGCUGGUUAUGGUACAAGCACAGAUUAAUUCCAAGCAGCUGAGUGAUUUGAACUACAAAGCCAAACACGAAGCUGAGAAAAACAGAUGCUCUAUCCCUCCAGAUGCUCCCUUAUUCCUCCAGUCCAGAGUCAAUGCCUACAACAUCAGCGAUAAUUGGUAUAAGUAUGACUGGGAUCAAUCAAAAGCAAAGAAAUUUGACAUCAAGAUGGAUGCCAUUCCAAUUCUAGCUGCAAAAGCCAAGCAAAAAAUUGCAAGUGAUGUUGAAUACAAAAAGGGUUAUGAACAGAGCAAAGGCAAGUUAAUUGGAGCUCUGAGUAUUGAAGAUGAUCCCAAAAUGAUACAUUGCCAAAAAAUGGCCAAGCAACAGAGUGAUCUGCUCUAUAAAAAAGGUUAUGAAGCAUCAAAGACCAAAUACACAGCACCACUGGAUAUGAUUCCUGUUGUACAAGCAAAGAAAGCCCAGAUGAUCGUCAGUGACACAGAUUACAGGCAUCGCAUCCAUAAUUAUUCUUAUCCUCCGGAUAGUAUUAAUGUGGAGCUGGCCAAGAAGGCUAAUGCUAUACUAAGUGACAAUGAAUAUAAAGCUGAUUACAACAGUUGGAUGAAAGGAUGUGGCUGGAUACCUUAUGGAUCCCUGGAUGCAGAAACAGCAAAAAGAACUUCAGAGUACGUAAGCGAGAAAAAAUACCGUCAGCAUCCAGAUACUAUUAAAUUUACACAAAUUGAGGAUCAUCCUACUGUGGUUCAGGCUAAAAUCAAUCAAGCCCAGCGGAGUGAUGUUCUUUAUAAAGCCAAAAAUGAAGAAAGAAUUCACAGUUAUAACCUCCCAUCAGACGCGCCUCAAUUUAUCCAGGCAAAGGUUAAUUCCUACAAUAUCAGUGAUACUUAUUACAAACUUGGAUUGGAAGACCUGAAGUCAAGGGGCUAUGACUUGAGGAGUGAUGCCAUUCCCAUUAGAGCUGCUAAAUCUGCCAGGAAGGCUGCCAGUGAUUUUGAAUAUAAGAAAGCCUAUGAACAAAGCAAAGGCAAACUGAUUGGCUUCCAGAGCCUUCAAGAUGACCCCAAAUUAGUCCAUUAUAUGAACAUGGCCAAGAUGCAGUCAGAGCGAGACUAUAAGAAAGCUUAUGAGCAAAGCAAGACUAAAUACAACACUCCGUUUGAUAUGGUGAAUGUUGUAGCCGCUAAGAAAGCCCAAGAAAUUGUCAGCAAUACCAAUUACAAGAAUCUCCUGCACAAUUACACAUUAUUGCCAGAUGAUAUGAAUGUGGAACGAUCCAAAAACAUGAUGCAGAUUCAGAGUGAUAACCUUUACAAGGGAGAUUUUAACAACUGGAUGAAAGGUAUUGGCUGGAUUCCAAUCGGUUCCCUUGAAGCGGAGAAAGCUAAAAAAGCAGGAGAGGCUCUAAAUGAGAAGAAGUACAGACAGCACCCAGACACUAUUAAAUUUACAAGUAUUGUGGAUUCUCCCGUCAUGGUCCAGGCUAAGCAGAAUGCACUUCAGCUCAGUGAUAUAUUAUACAAAUCCUCCGGGGAAGAAAUGAAGCAUACAUAUAAUUUGCCUGCAGAUGCCCCUCAGUUUAUCCAGGCCAAAUAUAAUGCAGCUAAUAUCAGUGAUAAUUAUUAUAAAUAUGGCUAUCAGGACCUCAUUGCCAAAGGACCUAAUGUACUGGGUGAUGCUAUUCCAAUUACGCAAGCCAAGGCCUCAAGAAACAUUGCUAGUGAUUACAAAUACAAAGAAGCUUAUCAAAAGACUAAAGGAAAACAGGUCGGUUUCCGAAACUUGCAAGACGCUCCUAUGCUUGUCCAUUCUAUGAAUGUGGCCAAGAUGCAGUCUGAGCGUGAGUACAAGAAGGAUUAUGAGAAAAGCAAGACAUGCUAUCACACACCAGUGGAGAUGGUCAGUAUCCAAGCUGCCAAGCAGGCUCAGGAUGUAGCCUCCAAUGUCAACUACAAAAAUCUGAUCCAUCGCUAUACCUACUUGCCAGAUGCUAUGAAUGUGGAGCUGGCCAAGAACAGGAUGCAAAUUCAGAGUGAUAUUACUUACAAAGAUGACUACAACAACUGGUUAAGAGGUGUGGGAUGGAGUCCCUUGGGCUCCCUGGAUAUGGAAAAAGUUAAAAAAGCUGGAGAUGCAUUAUGUGAAUCUAAAUAUCGCCAGCACCCAGACAAACUCAAGUUUACAAGUUUGAUGGAUUCUAUACCGAUGGUUUUGGCUCAACAGAAUACCAAACAGCUGAGUGAUAUAAACUAUAAGGUAGAAGGUGAGAAAGUGAAACACAAGUACCAUUUGGAUCCAGAUGUACCUGCAUUUAUUCAAGCAAAAGUCAAUGCCUACAAUAUAAGUGAUAAUUUCUACAAAGCAGACUGGAAGAGGCGGCUGGCUGAAGGCUAUAACCUGAAAGCAGAUGCUAUUCCUAUUGUUGCUGCGAAAUCUUCACGCCAUAUUGCCAGUGAUUACAAAUACAAAGAAUCCUAUGAGAAAGGAAAAGGAAAGCAAAUUGGCUUUCUUAGCCUGCAAGAUGAUCCUAAAUUGGUCCAUUAUAUGAAAGUGGCAAAAUUACAAUCAGAACGGGAAUACAAGAAAGGCUAUGAAAGUGGCAAGACUAAUUAUAACUUACCUCUGGACCACUUCAGUAUAGUGGCCGCUAAGAAAGCCCAAGAAGUUGUGACUGACACAAACUACAAACAACCUCUGCAUCAUUACACUCUUCUUCCUGAUGCCAUGAGUAUGGAAUUGUCAAGAAACAGGAUGCAGAUUCAGAGUGAUAAUCUUUACAAAACUGACUUUAAUAGUUGGCUAAAGGGACUAGGCUGGGUGCCAAUUCAAUCUCUGGAGGUGGAAAAUGCAAAGAAUGCCAGUCAUAUUCUCAACGAACAGAAAUAUCGUCAGCACCCAGACAAACUGAAGUAUACCAUUGACAUGGAUGCCAUGGAACAGGUGUUGGCUAAACAAAAUGCCCACACCAUGAAUAAGAGGCUGUAUAUAGAAAAAUGGAACAAAGAUAAGACUGACAUUCACGUAAUGCCUGAUACACCAGAAAUACUUCUGUCCAAAGCCAACCAAAUCACCAUGAGUGAUAAAAUAUAUAGGUCUGGCUGGGAUGAGGAGAAGAAAAAAGGCUAUGAUCUACGACCAGAUGCUCUGUCCAUAAAAGCAGCUAAAGCUUCCAGGGAUAUUGCAAGUGAUUACAAAUACAAACUGGCCUUCGAGCAAUCAAAAGGAAAGCAGAUCGGCUUCCGUAGCUUAAAAGAUGACCCUAAGCUUGUGCACUAUAUGGAAGUUGCAAAGAUGCAGUCAGAGCGUGAAUAUAAAAAGGAUUAUGAGAAAUCAAAGACCCGGUUCCACAUUCCUGUCGACAUGUUCAGUUUUGUGGCAGCCAAGAAGGCACAGGAAGUGGCAACUGAUACCAAUUACCGGAAUAUUAUCCACUCUUACAGUGCUUUGCCCGAUUCUAUGAACCUUGAAUUGGCCAAAAAUAUGAUGCAGAUCCAGAGUAAUAAUCAAUACAAAGCAGACUAUGAUGAAUUCAUGAAAGGGAUUGGAUGGAUACCACUAGGAUCUCUAGAAGCUGAAAAGAAUAGGAAAGCCAUGGACAUUGUCAGUGAGAAGAAAUACAGACAACAUCCAGACAAAUUGAAAUAUUCUAUUCUAAUGGAUUCUAUGCCAAUGGUCCUAGCAACAAGUAAUGCGAAAAUUAUGGAUGAUCACCUUUACAAAAAGGACUGGGAAGCAGAAAAGACACAGAUUCAUAUUACGCCAGAUAUUCCUGAGAUUCUUUUGGCAAAAGUCAAUGCUUAUAACAUCAGUGAUAAAAUAUACAAACAUUCUUUGGAAGAAGCUAAGAAGAAAGGCUAUGAUCUCAGAAAUGAUGCAAUCUCUAUUAAAGCUGCUAAAGCUUCUCGGGAAAUCGCCAGUGAUUACAAAUAUAAGUUAGGUUAUGAACAGGACAAGGGUAAGCUCGUUGGCUUCCGCAGCCUCCAAGAUGACCCCAAGCUUGUCCAUUUCAUGCAAGUGGCCAAGAUGCAGUCAGAUCGUGAGUACAGGAAAGCCUAUGAAGGCAGCAAAACGAGAUACAACACGCCUGCCGAUACUGUCAGCAUUAUGGCUGCCAAAGAAGCACAAGCCAACAUCACCAAUACCAAUUACAAAAGGCUCAUCCAUAAAUAUAUCCUUCUGCCGGAUGCCCUGAAUGUAGAACUGGCCAGAAAUAUGAAUCGGGUUCAAAGUGAUCAUGAAUAUAAGCAAGAUUAUAAUGAAUGGUAUAAAGGUCUUGGUUGGAGCCCUGCUGGGUCAUUGGAUAUUGAGAAGUCCAAGAAAGCCACUGAAAUUGCAAGUGACACCAAGUAUCGCCAGCACCCAAGUGCUUUCCCAUUUAAGAAGCUGACUGAUUCAAUGGAUAUGGAACUUGCAAAGCACAAUGCUGAUGUUAUGAAUAAGCGUGCAUACAUAAAUGCAUGGGAGAAAGACAAGACUACGAUUCAUGUCAUGCCGGAUACACCAGAUAUUAUGCUGGCUAAAGCAAAUAAGUUCAAUUACAGCCAGAAAUUGUACAAACUUGGAUGGGAGGAAAUGUUGAAGAAGGGUUAUGAUCUCACUACUGAAGCCAUAUCAGUGAAAGCAGCUAAAGCAUCCAGAGACAUUGCUAGUGAUUACAAGUAUAAAGAUGGCUAUCGCAAGCAACUUGGCCAUCAUAUUGGAGCACGUAGUAUAGAAGAUGAUCCUAAACUUGUGCAUUCCAUGAACGUUGCCAAGAUGCAGAGUGAGAGGGAAUACAAGAAAGUGUUUGAGCAGCUGAAGACCAAGUACAGCACUCCUGUGGAUAUGCUGUCAGUCUUGGGGGCAAAGAAUUGCCAGAAGCUGGUCAGCGAUAUCGAUUACCGUAAUUAUUUGCACCAGUGGACAUGCCUCCCGGAUCAAAAUGAUGUCAUCCAUGCCAAGAAGACCUAUGAACUACAGAGUGAUAUUGCGUAUAAAUCUGAUCUCGAAUGGAUUAAGGGCAUUGGAUGGAACCCCUUUGGCUCUCUAGAGUCGGAAAAGAACAAGAAAGCUUCUGAGAUUCUGAGUGAAAGAACUUAUCGUCAGCAUCCAGACACAAUUAAAUUCACAAGCAUUCCUGAUUCGAUGGAAGUUGUUCUGGCAAAAGAAAACUCAAAGCAUAGAAGUGAUAGACUUUAUCGAGAAACUUGGGACAAAGAUAAGACUCAGAUUCAUAUCAUGCCUGACACUCCUGAAAUUGUGUUGUCCAGAAUCAACUUAGUUAACUUGAGUGAUAAACUCUACAAAUUAGGAUUGGAAGAACUGAAAAGGAAAGGUUAUGAUCUUCCACCUGAUGCCAUACCGAUCAAGGCAGCAAAAGCUUCUAGAGAAAUUGCCAGUGAAUACAAAUACAAAGAGGCAUACCGUAAGCAGCUUGGUCACCAUGUGGGAGCUCGCAGCAUAGAGGAUGACCCUAAACUUGUGCAUUCCAUGAAUGUUGCCAAGAUGCAGAGUGAGAGGGAAUACAAGAAAGUGUUUGAGCAGCUGAAGACCAAGUACAGCAGUCCUGUGGAUAUGCUGUCCGUCUUAGGUGCAAAGAAUUGCCAGAAACUGGUCAGCGAUAUUGAUUACCGUAAUUAUUUGCACCAGUGGACAUGUCUCCCAGAUCAAAAUGAUGUCAUCCAUGCCAAGAAAACAUAUGAUCUUCAAAGUGAUAUUAACUAUAAAUCAGACCUUGAGUGGCUCAGGGGUAUUGGCUGGUCUCCUAGUGGUUCUCUGGAAGCAGAGAAGAAUAAGAGAGCUUCUGAAAUCUUGAGUGACCAUGGAUAUAGGCAACACCCUGACACUUUCCAUUUUACCAGCCCUAUCGAUUCCUUACCUAUGGCUUUGGCAAAACAUAACUCUGAAAUUAUGAAUCAGCGUAUGUAUGUUGAUGCUUGGAACAAAGAUAAAUCCAGUAUCCAUAUUAUGCCUGAUACUCCUGAAAUUCUACUGUCACAACAGAACAAAAUCAACUUCAGUGAUAAACUGUACAAGCUGUCAUUGGAAGAGGCCAGGAAGAAGGGCUAUGAUCUUCGGAUAGAUGCAAUUCCUAUCAAGGCUGCUAAAGCAUCCAGAGACAUUGCAAGUGAGUAUAAGUACAAAGAAGGUUAUCGCAAGCAACUCGGCCAUCAUAUUGGAGCUCGGAGUAUAGAGGAUGACCCUAAACUUGUGCAUUCCAUGAACGUUGGCAAGAUGCAGAGUGAGAGGGAAUACAAGAAAGUGUUUGAGCAGCUGAAGACCAAGUACAGCAGUCCUGUGGAUAUGCUGUCAGUCUUGGGGGCAAAAAAUUGCCAGAAGCUGGUCAGCGAUAUCGAUUACCGUAAUUAUUUGCACCAGUGGACAUGCCUCCCGGAUCAAAAUGAUGUCAUCCAUGCCAGGAAGGCCUAUGAACUGCAGAGUGAUAAUUACUACAAGUCUGAUCUUCAGUGGUUGAAAGGUAUUGGGUGGGUCCCUAUUGGUUCCUUGGAUACUGAAAAAGCCAAGAAAGCUGGAGAGAUCCUAAGCGAAAAGUUGUAUCGCCAGCCUCCAGACAAAUUCAAGUUUACAAGUGUGACAGAUUCUCUAGAAAUACUUUUGGCCAAGCAUAAUGCAGAAAAUAUGAAUAAGCGUUUGUAUACCGAAGCUUGGGAUAAAGACAAGACACAAAUUCACAUAAUGCCUGAUACCCCUGAAAUCACUUUAGCAAGACAGAACAAGAUCAACUACAGUGAGAGUUUAUAUAAACUUUCCUUGGAAGAGGCAAAGAAGAAGGGGUACGAUUUACGAAUUGAUGCAAUUCCAAUUCAGUCUGCCAAGGCAUCCAGAAUUAUUGCUAGUGAUUACAAAUACAAAGAAGGCUAUCGCAAGCAACUGGGCCACCACAUUGGAGCUCGUAGCAUAGAAGACGAUCCUAAAAUGCUGCAUUCUAUAAAUGUGGCCAAGAUGCAAAGUGAGAGGGAAUAUAAGAAAGUCUUUGAGAAACUGAAGACCAAAUAUAGCAGUCCUGUGGAUAUGCUGUCGAUCUUGGGGGCCAAGAAUUGCCAGAAACUGGUCAGCGAUAUUGAUUAUCGCAAUUAUUUGCACCAGUGGACCUGUCUACCAGAUCAGAAUGAUGUCAUCCACGCUAGGAAAGCUUAUGAUUUGCAGAGUGAUAAUUUCUACAAAGCAGACCUUGAGUGGAUAAAAGGCAUUGGCUGGGUCCCUAUUGGUUCACUGGCUGUUGAGCAUGCUAAGAAAGCAGGAGAAAUCCUGAGUGAAAAGACGUACCGCCAGCCUCCAGAGAGUUUCAAAUUCACCAGUGUGACAGAUUCUCUAGAAAUGGAAUUGGCCAAGCAUAAUGCGGAAACCAUGAACAAGCGGCUAUAUACUGAAGCUUGGAAUACUGAUAAACAGACAAUCCAUGUCAUGCCUGAUACGCCGGAAAUUGUCCUAGCAAAGUUCAACAAAUUAAACUAUAGCCAGAAAUUAUACCGACUGGCCAUGGAGGAAGCAAAGAAAGAUGGUUAUGAUCUGCGUCUUGAUGCCAUCCCAAUUCAAGCUGCCAAGGCUUCAAGAGCUAUUGCCAGUGAUUACAAAUACAAAGAAGGCUAUCGCAAGCAACUUGGCCACCACAUUGGAGCUCGUAGUGUAGAAGACGAUCCUAAAAUUAUGCAUUCUAUAAAUGUAGCCAAGAUGCAGAGUGAGAGAGAAUAUAAGAAAGUCUUUGAGAAACUAAAGACCAAAUAUAGCAGUCCUGUGGAUAUGCUGUCGAUCUUGGGGGCCAAGAAUUGCCAGAAACUGGUCAGCGAUAUUGAUUACCGUAAUUAUUUACACCAGUGGACCUGUCUACCAGAUCAAAAUGAUGUCAUCCAUGCUAGAAAAGCUUAUGAUCUGCAGAGUGAUAAUUGCUACAAAGCAGACCUUGAGUGGAUAAAAGGCAUUGGCUGGGUCCCUAUUGGUUCACUGGCUGUUGAGCAUGCUAAGAAAGCAGGAGAAAUCCUGAGUGAAAAGACGUAUCGCCAGCCUCCAGAGAGUUUCAAAUUCACCAGUGUGACAGAUUCUCUAGAAAUGGAAUUGGCCAGGCAAAAUGCUGAAACCAUGAACAAGAGGCUGUAUACUGAAGCUUGGGAUACUGAUAAAUGCACAAUCCAUGUCAUGCCUGAUACGCCAGAAAUUGUCCUAGCAAAGUUCAACAAAUUAAACUAUAGCCAGAAAUUGUACCGACUGGCCAUGGAGGAAGCAAAGAAAGAUGGCUAUGACCUGCGUCUUGAUGCCAUCCCAAUUCAAGCUGCCAAGGCUUCAAGAGCUAUUGCCAGUGACUACAAAUACAAAGAAGGCUAUCGCAAGCAACUUGGCCAUCACAUUGGAGCUCGUAGCGUAGAAGACGAUCCUAAAAUUAUGCAUUCUAUAAAUGUGGCCAAGAUGCAAAGUGAGAGAGAAUAUAAGAAAGUCUUUGAGAAACUGAAGACCAAAUAUAACAGCCCUGUGGAUAUGCUGUCAAUCUUAGGGGCCAAGAAUUGCCAGAAACUGGUCAGCGAUAUUGAUUACCGUAAUUAUUUGCACCAGUGGACAUGCCUCCCAGAUCAAAAUGAUGUCAUCCAAGCUAGGAAAGCUUAUGAUCUGCAGAGUGAUGCUCUUUACAAGUCUGAUCUAGAAUGGUUGAAAGGCAUUGGCUGGGUGCCUCUUGGUUCGCUGAAUGUUGAACAUGUCAAGAGAGCUGGAGAAAUCCUAAGUGAAAACAAAUAUCGGCAACCACCUAGUCAAAUGAAAUUUACCUGUAUCACAGAUGCUUGGGAUGUAGAAUUAGCAAAGCAUAAUGCUGAGAUGAUGAACAAGCGACUAUACACUGAAGCAUGGGAUGCUGAUAAGAUCAAAAUCAAUGUCAUGCCAGAUACCCCAGAAAUUCUGCUCGCCAAGGCAAAUUCUGCAAAUAUCAGCCAUAAACUUUAUGUCCAAGGAUGGGAAGAUACUAAGAAGAAAGGUUAUGAUCUGAGAACUGACGCUAUUCCAAUUAAAGCGGCAAAAGCUUCGAGGGAUAUUGCUAGUGAUUAUAAAUACAAAGAAGCACAUGAAAAGCAAAAAGGGCAUUAUAUUGGGGUUCAAAGAUUGAAAGAUGAUCCCAAGUUGGUGUGGUUUGCCCAUGCAGGCCAGAUUCGGAGUGAUCUGGAGUACAAGAAGAACUUUGAAAAAUGUAAAGCAAACAUUCAUUGUCCUGUUGACAUGCUAUCAAUCUUAGAUGCUAAGAAUUGUCAGAAGUUGGUUAGUAAUGUGGACUAUCGCAAACACUUGCAUGAAUGGAUUUGCCUACCAGACCAGAAUGAUGUCAUUCAAGCAAAGAAAGCGUAUGACCUCCAGAGUGAUAAUGUGUAUAAGUCAGAUUUGGAAUGGCUGCGUGGAAUUGGCUGGAUACCAGAAGGCUCUGUGGAAGUCCAACGCGUGAAGAAUGCCCAGGAUCUGUUGAAUGAAAGAAUGUACCGGCAGCGGCCAGAUUCUCUGAAAUUCACAGCUAUUGUUGAUUCCCCGGAAGUUGUCCUAGCUAAGGCCAAUGCUCUGAUGCAGAGUGGGGCUUUAUAUCGUGAAGUUUGGGAUAAAGAAAAAACACAGUACACCCUUCCAAUUGACAUUCCUGAGAUCGUUCUGUCCAAAGCAAAUUCUGUGAACUACAGUAAAAAACAUUAUCAACUUGGAUUGGAGGAGAUGAAGAAGAAAGGCUAUGACUUAAGAUUGGAUGCCAUUGAGAUCCAGCAAGCCAAGGCUUCUAGGAAUAUUGCUAGUGAGUACAAGUACAAAGAAGGUUACCGUAAGCAAGUGGGACACCACGUUGGAUUCCGGGACAUCUAUGAUGAUCCCAAGCUAGUGCUGGCAAUUCGUGUAGCCAAACUGCAGAGUGAGAGGGAGUACAAGAAAUAUUUUGAGAAGUUUAAAACCAAGUUCAAUAGCCCAGUGGACAUGCUGUCCAUCUUGUUGGCUAAGAAAUGUCAGAAACUGGUUAGUGACAUUGAUUAUCGCCGCUACCUCCAUGAAUGGAUAUGUCUGCCUGAUCAAAAUGAUGUCAUCCAAGCCAAGAAAGCCUAUGAGUUGCAGAGUGAUAAUCUUUACAAGUCAGAUCUGGAAUGGCUCCGUGGGAUUGGAUGGAUGCCGGAAGGCUCUGUGGAUGUGGUCAGAGUGAAAAAGGCUCAAGAUCUUGUGAAUGACAGGUUGUACAAACAACGCCCAGAUGCACUGAAAUUUACCAGUAUACCUGACCCACCGCCAGUCAUCUUGGCUAAGAUCAAUGCUCAGCAGAUCAGUGAGCGCCUGUAUCGUGAAACGUGGGAUAAUGAGAAGGCACAGAUUAAUAUUCCUCUUGAUACCCCUGAAAUACUGCUCUCCAAGAUGAAUGCUGUGAAUGUUAGCCAUAAACAUUAUACUGGAGCCUGGGAUGAAGCCAAGGCAAAAGGUUAUGACUUUAAAGUGGAUGCUCUUUCAUUCAAGCAUGCAAAAUCUUCCAGAGAAAUUGCCAGUGAGUAUAAAUACAAACAAACUUAUGAGAGACAGAAAGGUCAUUACAUUGGAACCCCAUCAGUCAAGGAGGAUCCUAAGCUUUCAUGGGCUGCUCGAGUAAUGAAGAUGCAAAAUGACCGUCUCUAUAAGCAAGCAUACCACAAUUCAAAAGCCAAGAUCACCAUCCCUUAUGAAAUGGUGGCUAUCCAAGCAGCCAAGCAAGGGCAGGCUAUAGCCAGCGACGUUGAUUACCAUCGUUAUCUGCAUGAGUGGUCUUGUCUGCCAGAUCAGAACGAUGUGAUCCAAGCAAAGAAAGCGUAUGAACUUCAGAGCGAUAAUUUGUAUAAAUCUGAUCUGGAAUGGCUCCGUGGGAUAGGAUGGAUGCCGGAAGGCUCCGUGGAUGUGGUCAGAGUGAAAAGGGCUCAAGAUCUCAUAAAUGAGAGGUUGUACAAACUACGCCCAGAUGCACUGAAAUUUACCAGUAUACCUGACCCGCCCCCGGUUGUCCUGGCCAAGGUCAAUGCACAACAGAUCAGUGAGCAUCUGUAUCGUGAGGCAUGGGAUAAAGAGAAGGCCCAGAUUAAUAUUCCUCUCGAUACCCCUGAAAUACUGCUUUCCAAGAUGAAUGCUGUGAAUGCUAGCCAUAAACAUUAUACUGGAGCCUGGGAUGAGGCCAAAGCAAAAGGCUAUGACUUUAAAGUUGACGCUCUUUCAUUCAAGCAUGCGAAAUCUUCCAGAGAAAUUGCCAGUGAGUAUAAAUACAAACAAACUUAUGAGAGUCAAAAAGGUCAUUACAUUGGAACCCCAUCAGUCAAGGAGGAUCCUAAACUUUCAUGGGCUGCUCGAGUAAUGAAGAUGCAAAAUGACCGUCUCUAUAAACAAGCAUACCACAGUUCAAAAGCCAGGAUCACCAUCCCCUACGAAAUGGUGGCUAUCCAGGCAGCCAAGCAAGGGCAGGCUAUAGCCAGCGACAUUGAUUACCAUCAUUAUCUGCACCAGUGGUCUUGUCUGCCAGAUCAGAACGAUGUGAUCCAAGCAAAGAAAGCGUAUGAACUUCAGAGCGAUAAUUUGUAUAAAUCUGAUCUGGAAUGGCUCCGUGGGAUAGGAUGGAUGCCGGAAGGCUCCGUGGAUGUGGUCAGAGUGAAAAGGGCUCAAGAUCUCGUAAAUGAGAGGCUGUACAAACUACGCCCAGAUGCACUGAAAUUUACCAGUAUACCUGACCCGCCCCCGGUUGUCCUGGCCAAGGUCAAUGCACAACAGAUCAGUGAGAACCUGUAUCGUGAGGCAUGGGAUAAAGAGAAGGCCCAGAUUAAUAUUCCUCUCGAUACCCCUGAAAUACUGCUGUCCAAGAUGAAUGCUGUGAAUGCUAGCCAUAAACAUUAUACUGGAGCCUGGGAUGAGGCCAAAGCAAAAGGCUAUGACUUUAAAGUUGACGCUCUUUCAUUCAAGCAUGCAAAAUCUUCCAGAGAAAUUGCUAGUGAGUAUAAAUACAAACAAACUUAUGAGAGUCAAAAAGGUCAUUACAUUGGAACUCCGUCAGUCAAGGAGGAUCCUAAACUUUCAUGGGCUGCUCGAGUAAUGAAGAUGCAAAAUGACCGUCUCUAUAAACAAGCAUACCACAGUUCAAAAGCCAAGAUCACCAUUCCCUACGAAAUGGUGGCUAUCCAGGCAGCCAAGCAAGGGCAGGCUAUAGCAAGUGACAUUGAUUACCAUCAUUAUCUGCACCAGUGGUCUUGUCUACCUGAUCAGAACGAUGUAAUCCAAGCAAAGAAAGCGUAUGAACUUCAGAGUGAUAAUUUAUAUAAAUCUGAUCUGGAAUGGCUCCGUGGGAUAGGAUGGAUGCCGGAAGGCUCCGUGGAUGUGGUCAGAGUGAAAAGGGCUCAAGAUCUCAUAAAUGAGAGGCUGUACAAACUACGCCCAGAUGCACUGAAAUUUACCAGUAUACCUGACCCGCCCCCAGUUGUCCUGGCCAAGGUCAAUGCACAACAGAUCAGUGAGAACCUGUAUCGUGAAGCGUGGGAUAAAGAGAAGGCCCAGAUUAAUAUUCCUCUUGGUACCCCAUCAAUGCUGCUGUCCAAGAUGAAUGCUGUGAAUGUUAGCAAUAAACAUUAUACUGGAGCCUGGGAUGAGGCCAAAGCAAAAGGCUAUGACUUUAAAGUGGAUGCUCUUUCAUUCAAGCAUGCAAAAUCUUCCAGAGAAAUUGCCAGUGAGUAUAAAUACAAACAAACUUAUGAGAGACAGAAAGGUCAUUACAUUGGAACCCCGUCAGUCAAGGAGGAUCCUAAGCUUUCAUGGGCUGCUCGAGUAAUGAAGAUGCAAAAUGACCGUCUCUAUAAACAAGCAUACCACAGUUCAAAAGCCAAGAUCACCAUCCCCUACGAAAUGGUGGCUAUCCAGGCAGCCAAGCAAGGACAGGCUAUAGCCAGCGACAUUGAUUACCAUCGCUAUCUGCACCAGUGGUCUUGUCUGCCAGAUCAGAACGAUGUGAUCCAAGCAAAGAAAGCGUAUGAACUUCAGAGCGAUGCUGUGUAUAAGUCAGAUCUAGAAUGGCUCCGUGGGAUUGGAUGGAUACCAAGUGGGUCUCCAAUAGUGAAUAGAGUUAAAUUUGCCCAGGAAAUCCUGAGUGACAAUGUAUACCGCACUCCUGCUGACCGUCUGAAGUUCACCAACAUUGUUGAUACACCGGACAUUCUCCUUGCUAAAACCAACGCGGAGCAAAUCAGUAUUCCUAAAUACCGAGAAGUUUGGGAUAAAGAUAAAGUUAUGAUCCAUGUGAUGCCUGACACCCCUGAAAUAAUGCUUUCCAAGGCCAAUGCCAUCAACGUAAGCAAUAAACUCUACAGGGACUCUUGGGAUGAUGUAAAGAAAUACAUUGAUUACAGGUCAGAUGCAAUUCCAAUCAAAAGAGCCAAAGCCUCAAGAGAAAUUGCCAGUGAUUACAAGUACAAAGAAGGUUACCGUAAGCAAGUGGGACACCACAUUGGAUUCCGGAACAUCUAUGAUGAUCCCAAGCUAGUGCUGGCAAUUCGUGUAGCCAAAUUGCAGAGUGAGAGGGAAUACAAGAAACAUUUUGAGAAGUUUAAAACCAAGUUUAAUAGCCCAGUGGACAUGUUGUCCAUCUUGUUGGCCAAGAAAUGUCAGAAACUGGUUAGUGACAUUGAUUAUCGCCGCUACCUCCAUGAAUGGAUAUGUCUGCCUGAUCAAAAUGAUGUCAUCCAAGCCAAGAAAGCCUAUGAGUUACAGAGUGAUGCUAUUUAUAAAUCUGACCUGGAAUGGCUACGAGGAAUUGGCUGGAUGCCAAGUGAUUCUGUCUCUGUCAACCAUGUCAAACAUGCUCAGGCCCUUAUUAAUGAGAGGUUAUAUCGUACCAAAGCUCAUAGCCUGCCAUUUACUCCGGUGGAUGACAGGGUUGAUUAUAUCACAGCCAAACAAGGUGGAGAAAUACUAAGCGAUAUUAAAUAUCACCAGGAAUGGAAUGACAUCAAGGCCAUUUAUACACUAACAGAUACACCUCGGUUGCAAGCAGUUAAAAAAGCAGCUAGGAUUCUGAAUGAGCAUCUAUACAAGGACAGCUGGGAGAAGCAUAAAGCUACUGGCUACAGUUUACCUCCUGACAGCGUGCCACUUCGUCAUGCCAAGCAUUCUGAUAACGUCCAAAGUGAGCUGAAAUAUAAGGCUGAUUACGUCAAGCAAAGAGGCCACUAUGUUGGAGUCAAUAAUAUGAGAGAGGAUCCAAAACUAGUGUGGUUUGAGCAUGCUGGCAAGAUUCAGAAUGACAGAUUAUACAAAGAAUCCUAUCACAAAACAAAAUCCCACGUUCACAUACCUCCAGAUAUACGCUCGGUCAUUGCAGCCAAAGACUGCCAGCACCUUGUCAGUGAAAUUCCGUAUCGUAAUUACCUACAUGAAUGGACGUGUCACCCUGACCAAAAUGACUGCAUCCAGGCAAAGAAAGCCUAUGACCUUCAAAGUGAUAACCUUUAUAAAUCUGAUCUUGAAUGGCUCCGUGGCUGUGGUUGGAUUCCGUUAGAUUCGGUGGAUCAUCGGAGAGUAAAGAAUGCUCAAGAAUUAAUAAACAAGAGAAUCUACACAAAGGAAGCCAUUGAUAAUUUUGACCAUUUCACAUCCGUUGAAGAUACUCCCGAUGUGGUUUUGGCAAAGGCAAACUCGAUCAUGCAGAGUGAUGUGAAAUACAAAGAAACCUUUAACCUUCAGAAAGGCCAAUACAUUGGUUCUGAUGACACACCAGCCUUGAGUCAUUCUAGACAGAUGAUAAAACUGUAUAGCGAUUAUGUGUACAAGGAUGCCUGGGAAUCAAAGAAGGCUUAUGGUUACACUUUGCCUCCAGACUACAUCCCAAUUGUUGGUGCCAAACAUGCUGAUUAUAUUAACAGCCUGCUCAAAUAUAAAGCAUUGUACGAGAAGCUAAAGGGCCAUUAUCUGGCGGGGAAACAUAUACAAGACUUCCCAAGUGUGCUCCAUUCUCUUGCUUUCCAAAAAAUACGGAGUGCGUUGGCUUACAGGAAGAAUUAUGAAGACACCAAGGCACACAUUCAUAUUCCAAGUGACAUGAUCAACCAUGUGCUGGCUAAGAAAUGUCAGUAUAUCCUCAGUGACCUUGAGUACCGAACCCACCUGCACCAGUGGAACUGCUCCCCUGAAGAGAAUGAUGUGGUGCUAGCUAGAAAGGCUCAGGAGAUUCUGAGCGAUGUGAUAUACAAAGAUGAUUUGACAUGGCUAAAGGGAAUUGGAUGUUACGUGUGGGACACUCCUCAAAUCCUGCAUGCCAAGAAGUCGUAUGACCUUCAGAGCCAACUGAUAUACACAAAACAAGGGAAGGACAAUCUACCAAACUAUGGUGUGGUUAUGGACACUCCAGUUUAUGUAACUGCCGUUCAGAGUGGUAUCAAUGCUAGUGAGCUGAAAUAUAAAGAACAAUACCAUAAAACCAAGGACAAAUAUACCACAGUAUUGAAAACAGCAGAUCACGAUAGGAUCCAGAACCUCAAGCACCUCUUCAGUAAUAAUGUAUACAAGAAAAUGUGGGAGAAAAUCAAGUCCCUCACUUACAAAUUGCCUCCCGAUGCUGUGCCUUUUGUUCGUGCUAGGCAGCUGAAAUAUAAUGCUAGUAUUGUGAAAUAUCGGGAAGAGUAUGAUAAAUUUAAAGCACUCUACACCAUUCCUAGAGGUGUUCAGGAUGAUCCCAACACUGCAAGAUGCCUAAGAGUUGGCAAGCUGAACAUUGAUCGUUUAUACAGAGAUGUCUAUGAAAAGAACAAGGCUAAAAUCCAUAUCGUGCCAGACAUGGUGGGCAUAGUGACAGCUAAGAAAACACAGAAGAAAAUCAGUGAAAUUGAUUAUCGUGUCCAUCUCCAUCAGUGGGCCAGUAUUCCAGAUCCUCAUGCCAAUAUUCUUGCUCGAAAAGUCAAUAAUCAACUUAGUGAUUUUGUAUACAAAGAUGAUCUCAACUGGCUCAAAGGAAUUGGCUGUUUUGUUUGGGACACUCCUGAAAUUCUCCAUGCUAAACAUGCCUAUGAUCUUCGCAAUCUCCAUAAAUACAAGGCAGAGGCAGAGAAAAUGAAGAGCAAAUAUUCUGUAGUCACACACACACCUCUCUACGUUCAAAAUGUGCUCAGUGGCAAGAAUCUGAGUGAAGCUGUUUACCGCCAUAACUAUGUGCAUCAUAUCAAAGGGAAAUAUACGCCAACAGAUAAGACAGUGGAUCUGGAGCGGGCAAAUCGGGCUUACAAGAUACAGAGUGAACCUCUCUACCGGAAUGCUGGCUUGCGUGCCCUUCCCACUGGAUACAAACUUCCACCAGAUACCCCUGGUUUCAAGCAUGCUAAACAUGCCCACUAUAUUGGCAGUGAUAUAAAAUAUAAAGAAAUUUAUGAACAUGUCAAGGGCACUGGUUACAAUUUUGGACCCAAAGCUGUUCCCUUUGUACAAACAAGGAAAGUCAAUAAAAUCCUUAAUGAGAGAAUGUAUCGGGAGGUGUAUCACAAAAAUAAAGAUAAGAUUCAUACUACACCUGAUACGCCACACAAUCGCCAAGUGAAAAUAAACCAAGAAGCUUUCAGUGAUCUUAUUUACAAGACUGAUUUCUUCAAGAUGCAAGGACACUUGAUUUCCUUACCAUUUACCCCACAAACUAUACACAACCGUUAUGUUGGAGAAAUUACAAGUGAUAUUAAAUACAAAAGUGAUCUACAAUGGCUCAAAGGUCUGGGCUGCUUCCUGUAUGAUACUCCGGAUAUGGUCCGUUCACGGCAUUUACGCAAGCUCUGGUCUCAUUAUGUCUACACUGAUGCUGCAAAGAAAAUGCAAGACAAAUACUCUGUGGUUCUGGAUACCCCAGUUUAUAGAAAAAACCAGGAACUAAAGACCCACCUUAGUGAGAUUGUAUACAGAGCUGCAGGUAAAGAGCAAAAGUCUAAAUACACAUCAAUCCUUGAUACACCAGAUUUCAACAGGGCCAAAAGGGGACAAAAACUGCAGAGCCAGUACUUGUAUGUUGAACUCGCCACCAAGGAAAGACCACAUCACCAUGCUGGAGACCAGACGCCUGCCUUAAAACUUGCCAAGCAUGUGAAGGACUUUGCCAGUGAGAAAAAAUACAGAGCACUCUACGAUAAACUAAAGGAUAAAUACGUAACAGUCCCGGAUACACCAAUUCUCAUCAGAGCUAAGAAGUCUUAUCUGAAUGCCAGUGAUCUGCGCUACAAAGAAACAUUUGAGCGAGCAAAGGGUAAAUACCACACUGUAAAGGAUGCCUUAGAUAUUGUUUAUCACCGCAAGGUCACUGAUGAUAUUAGCAAAGUGAAAUAUAAAGAAAAGUAUAUGAGUGAACUAGGAUUUUGGAGAUCUAUCCCAGACCUGCCAGAACACUACCACCAUCGUGCUGUCACCGAUGCAAUUAGUACUGUUAAAUAUAAGGAAGAUUUAACAUGGCUCAAAGGCAUUGGCUGCUAUGCAUGGGAUACUCCUGAUCUUGUCCUCGCCGAAAAGAAUAAGGCUCUGUAUAGUCCAUAUCAGUACAAGGAAACAUUUGAAAGGACAAAAUCCAAGUUCAAGUAUGUUGCUGACUCUCCAAUUAACAGACAUUUUAAAUAUGCUACUCGGUUGAUGGAUGCGAAAUUAUACAAAUCUGAGUAUGAGAAGAAGAAGGAUAAGUAUUCCUUGGUGGUGGAUGAUCCUAAAACCUUGCUGGCCAAAUGGGGAGGAGAGUUAAGCAGUCAGUACAAGUACAAAAGGCUGUAUGAAAAGCAGAAGGAUAAAUUUACCAGUGUUGUGGAUACUCCAGAACAUCUGAGGACUACCAAAGUCAACAAGCUAAUCAGUGAUAUUCUUUAUAAACUGGAAUACCAGAAAGCCAAACCAAAGGGAUAUACCAGCAUUCAUGAUACUCCCAUGAUUCUCCAUGUACGGAAGGUCAUGGACAGAAUAAGUGAACUGAAAUACAAAGAACUCUAUGAACAGAAUAAAGCUCACUGCAAUGUGGUACCAGAUUCAGUUCACAUUAAAGCUGCUAAGCAGGCUUACAAAGUGAACAGCAAUCUGGAUUACAAGAAGAAAUAUGAAGCCACCAAAGCUCACUGGCAUUGGACCAUGGACAGACCUGACUUUAUCCAAGCUGCUAAGACAUCCUUGCAACAGAGUGAUUAUGAAUACAAGCUUGACAGAGAAUAUCUCAAAGGAUGCAAGUUGUCUGUAACAGAUGACAAAAACACAGUGUUGGCAUUGCAGAAUGCGAUCUUGGCAAGUGAUUUAAAAUAUAAAGAGAAGCACAACAAGGAACGAGGAAGCAUCCAUCCUGUUCCAGACACUCCCCAGAUCCUUCUUGCCAAGAUGGUUAGCUCUCUCGUGUCUGAGAACAAAUACAAAGAGCAUGUGAAGAAACACCUCCCCCAUGGUUCUUUCACAAAAUUGCCAGAAACGCUGGAUACUAUUCGUGUUAAAAAAGUCACCAGUAAUGUUAGUGAGACAAACUAUAAAAAGAGAUUUCAAAAAGAAAAAGGCAAGUCAGAUUAUUCAAUCAUGGUGGAACCUCCUGAUGUGAAGCACGCCAUGGAUGUGGCAAAGAAACAGAGUACUAUCGAAUAUAAAAAAGAUGCCAAAUCACAGCUCCAUUAUACCACUGUGGCCGAUCGACCAGAUAUUAUGAAGGCCACACAAGUCUCCCAUUUAGUCAGCGAUAUUGAAUACAAAGCCAAACAAGAUGCUGGAGUAGGAGUCACCAUGCUUGGACGUCCAGACAUUGAACUUGCCAAAGAAGUGUCCAAAUUGACCAGCCAGGUGAAAUACAUUACAGGAUACUUGAGGGGCCAUGGGGCAGCAUCGUAUGAUACACCCAUGAUGAGGCAUUUUAAAAAAGCUAACACCCUAAGUAGUCAUAUCAAGUACAAAGAAAGAUUCGAUAAAGAAAAGGGAAAGAAACCUCAGUACGAUUUGAAGGAGAGCAAGAUCUACAAGACCUUGAAAGAUGCUCACCACAUUGCAAGUGAGAUUAAAUAUAAGGCAGAUCUGAAGAAACUUCACAAGCCAGUGACUGAUAUGUCUGAAUCUCUUGCGAUGAAUCAUGUUUUGAACACCAGCCACCUUGCCAGCACUUACCAGUACAAGAAGCAGUACGAGAGGAAUAAAGGUCACUACCACGUGGUUCCAGAUAACCUUGAACAGCUCCAUCUAAAGGAGGCUUCAGAACUUCAGAGCAUAGUGAAAUACAAAGAAAAAUAUGAAAAGGAAAGAGGAAAACCCAUGCUGGACUUUGAAACACCUACAUAUAUCACUGCUAAGGAAUCCCAACAGAUGCAGAGUGAGAAAGAAUAUAAGAAAGAUUAUGAAGAGUCCAUUAAAGGCCGGAAUCUUACUGGUUUGGAGGUUACACCAUCUUUACUGCAUGUCAGAUAUGCCACCAAAAUAGCAAGCGAGAAAGAAUACAGGCGAGAUUUAGAAGAAGGUGUAAAAGGCAAAGGUCUAACAAUUCUAGAGGAGACACCAGAUUUACUUAGAGCAAAGAAUGCAACCUAUAUCUUGAAUGAGAAAGAAUAUAAGAGAGCCCUGGAGAUGGAAAUCAAAGGAAGGGGAUUAACAGACCAUGCACUGGAGACCCCUGAUUAUAUGAGGGCAAAGAAUGCCACAGAUAUUGCUAGUGAGCUUAAAUAUAAGCACUCUGCAGAAAUGGAAAAAGCCAAUUAUACCACCGUUGUUGACACUCCAGAAAUCAUCCAUGCACAUCAUGUGAAGAACUUUUCCAGUAAGAAAAAGUAUAAGGAGGAUGCGGAGAAAACCAUGCCGUACUAUGUGUCUGUGCUAGAGACUCCAGAAAUACAGCGGGUCCGAGAAAAUCAGAAGAAUUUUAGCAUGCUUCAGUAUCAACAUGAUCUGCAGGACAGCAAAGGAAAGGUCACAGUUGUAAAUGAAACACCAGAAAUUUUACGAGUUAAAGAAAACCAGAAAAAUUUCAGCGUGGUUUUAUACAAAGAUACCGUUGGAACAGGAACAGCAAUUGAAAAAACACCAGAGAUACAGAGAAUUAGAAAAACCACAGAUGCCAUUAGCACGAUUAAGUAUAAGGAACACAUUGGAAAAGGAACUCCCAUUUCUGACCUUCCUGAAGUGAAAAGGGUCAAGGAGGCGCAGAAACACAUCAGCUCGGUAAUGUACAAAGAGAAUGCAGGGCAAGGAACUGCAAUAUCAAGUACUCCAGAAAUAGAGAGAGUCAGACGCAAUCAAGAACACAUUAGCUCGGUGUCUUACAAAGAACAGGUGGGCACAGGAAUGGCAACACCUGUUACGCCAGAGAUGGAGCGGGUCAAACGUAACCAGGAGAACAUUAGCUCGGUAUUUUACAAAGAGAAUUUAGGGUCUGGAACUCCAACAAGUAUUACCCCAGAGUUGGAGAGAGUCAGACGCAAUCAAGAAAUCUUUAGCUCGGUCCUAUACAAAGAAAACCUAGGGACAGGCACCCCAACUCCUGUCACUCCUGAGAUGGAGAGAGUCAAACACAACCAAGAAAUCAUUAGCUCGGUGUUGUACAAAGAGAAUGUAGGGAAAGCAACUCCAACUUCUGUCACUCCAGAAAUGGAGAGAGUCAAACGCAAUCAAGAACACAUUAGCUCGGUUUUAUACAAAGAGGACAUAGGGAAAGGAACUCCUGUACCCAUCACUCCAGAGAUGGAAAGAGUUAAAUGCAAUCAAGAAUACAUUAGCUCGGUUGCAUACAAAGAAGAUGUAGGGAAAGGAACCCCUACACCUGUCACUCCAGAGAUGGAGAGAGUUAAACGCAAUCAAGAACACAUUAGCUCGGUCUUAUACAAAGAGGGACUGGGGAAAGGUACCCCUAUACCUGUCACUCCUGAGAUAGAGAGAAUCAAACGCAAUCAAGAACACAUUAGCUCGGUUUUAUACAAAGAGGGCAUAGGGAAAGGAAUUCCUAUUCCUGUCACUCCAGAGACGGAGAGAGUCAAACGCAAUCAAGAACAUAUUAGCUCGGUUUUGUACAAAGAGGGUUUGGGGAAAGGUACCCCGAUACCUAUCACUCCUGAGAUGGAGAGAGCGAAACGCAAUCAAGAGUUCAUUAGCUCGGUUUUGUACAAAGAAAGCCUGGGAAAAGGAACCCCAACUUCUAUGACUCCAGAGAUGGAGAGGGCCAAACGCAAUCAAGAAAAUAUUAGCUCGAUCCUCUAUUCGGAUAGCUUCCGGAAGCAAGUACAAGGUAAAGCACCCUUUGUCCUGGAUACCCCUGAAAUGAGGCGUGUUCGGGAGUCACAACGGCACAUUUCCACAGUGAAAUACCAUGAAGACUUUGAAAAGACCAAAGGUAGCUUCACACCUGUAGUCACGGAUCCCAUAACAGAACGUGUAAAGAAGAAUAUGCAGGACUUCAGUGACAUUAACUAUAGGGGGAUUCAGAGACGAGUCGUAGAAAUGGAGCAAAAACGAAUAGAUCAGGAUCAAGAAAUGAAUAACUUAACAGGCCUUCGUGUAUGGAGAACCAAUCCUGGAUCGGUCUUUGACUAUGACCCAGCGGAAGAUAACAUUCAGUCGAGAAGCUUACAUUUGCUGGCAGUUCAAGCCCAGCGACGUAGCCGAGAGCAUUCACGUUCUGCCAGUGCUCUUAGUCUCAGUGGCGGGGAUGAAAAAUCUGAGCAUUCAGAGGCUGCUGAUCAGCAUUUGUCAUAUUACAGCAAUGGAGGCUUUCUCCCCACAACUACAACAGUGGGUUAUAAACAUGCCAAAACUGUAGAGCUCCCACAACAAAGAUCAUCUUCUGUUGGAACGCAACAGACUACAGUAUCUUCCAUCCCCUCUCAUCCGUCUACUGCAGGGAAGACUUACCGUGCUGUGUAUGACUACACAGCAGCAGAUGCUGAUGAAGUCUCUUUCAAAGAUGGUGAUGCAAUUGUCAACGUCCAAGCCGUAGAUGAAGGAUGGAUGUAUGGAACUGUGCAAAGAACAGGCAAAACAGGCAUGCUUCCAGCCAACUACGUAGAAGCAGUUUAAAUGGAGGAGACCAUAUUGACAUGGACAAUAGGAAGGCCCUUUAUGCCACAUCAGUUCAGUACAGUUCAUAACAGUUGCCAAAGAGCCUUAUUAUUUUCUUUCUCUUGAUACAUGUGAAGAAUUAUCUGGCAUCUAAAACUUUCAGGAAACAUUAUCCAUCCUCGUUUGACUAGGUAUUUAAAUGAGAGUUUUGGAUACCUGAAAUUCUGUAUGCCAUCACUCUGGCUGAAUUUGCACGAUUCAGUCUAUUUUCAUGAAACAUUGAAUUGUAUUGGUUUACGUGGUUUUUCUUCUCAAGAGAUGCAGUGAUCUCACAUGAUAGUCUAAACACAGCUGAAUGUAUCCAUGUCUGUUUCUAGUAUACAACACCUUAAACUAGUCAAAGUGGAAAGCCUCUCUUCUGCUCUACUUAGAGAAUGUUGGUGCAUGCAUUUUAAUCUGCGUGUUCUUGGGUCACAGUGCUGUAAUUCCCUCUCAAAUGAAUGACUAAUAAAUGUCAUGUUUCUGCAAA